AUGCUCAAGAUAAUUUGGCUUGAUUAUUUAUUAAUAAACUUUAAUUGAAUUUUCCAUUUAAAACUACCUUCUCUACCAUUUGCAAUAUAUUUUCUGUACUGGCUAAUCUCUCUCUCAGCCCAUCUUAUGUAAAAUUCUUGUCCUGCAUUUUGCGCAUUGUGAACUGAUUGCAUUUUCACUUGUCUGGAUUCCUGGAUUCGUUGGGCGUUGUCGGUGCGACAGGAAAUCAAUAAAAUAAACACAGCGACCGGCCCACGUCCACAAUAAAUAUGCCACAUCCGCCCCCCUGAUUCCGCCGACCUCUCCGAUUGUGUGCAAUCAAGAUCUCUGGAGGAUUAGGCAGACACAGGGUCUGGGUUAACAACGCCCAAGUCUCUUCUCAUGUUCAAGGGCUGGGACCAUUCAUUUAGAAUGGCUAGUCCAUUCUCCAAUCUGGCGUUCUUUGCUGAACUAUAAAAGCGGAGGAUUGUGUGGCCAAUGAACAACAGUCAAGUGAAGUGCACUGAGGCAGGAAGAUGUCACAAAGAUUGAACUUAUCUUUAAUUGUCCUGUUUUGCCUCUUGGCACUUGGCAUAGCUGAGCUGCAUAUCUACCAUCCUCUGAUGACCCUGCAUCACCAACCCACUUUGACCCACGUGGGUCAACUGGUGGAUCAUGUGCCCACUGCGGUUUCCCACCAGAGCUCCACCAUCGUCCACCGUAGUGUGCCCAGGAUUACUCCAUUGCUGGCACCUGCUUUCAGGACCUCCUAUUUGCACUAUCCCACCUGGAGCUAUCCGGUCUUUAAUGGCGACAACUCCCUUUACAGAAAGUAACCAGCUGCACAGCAAGACCCCUUUAAAAUGGAUUAAAUCCAAGUAAUUUGACUACCCAACUUUCGACUUAAACAAUAAAACAAAACAAAU